AGAGAUGAAGUCCAACAAAAGUUCUUAGAAUGCAAAGAAGACACAUGCGCUGUUCUUGAAGAUGAAAUAGAAAACAGAAUAGAUGAGCUAUUAAAGGACAAAGAACUUUUACAUAAAUAUAGUUGCGCCAAAUUUGACAUAACUCCACCAGAAAAGAAGAAGAAAGAAAAGAAAGUAGAAGAAGAGAAGAAAGAACCUGAACCAGUUCCAGAGAAAAAGAAAUUUGACAUGUAA